GUAACACUAGGGGCGGUAAUGCGCUGUUAGCUUGUUUGCUAACGGCUAUUAAACGAAGGAAGAAGAAGAGUGUCCAGCUGACUGACCGGAACAGCGAGGAAACCUUCUAGAAACCCUCUAUUAUCAGAGAUCCUUGAUCAAGCCUGUGCCCUCUUCGCUAAACCAUGGGAGCUGAUAAAAGGCUCAGUCGUGGUGAACGCAGUGGAAGGUACGGUUCUGACGGGAGGAGUGAUGAUCCAGAAUGGCAUGAAAGACGGCGAAGCAGAGAUGUGGAGAGGGACUAUGAUCAUCGUUGGGGUGAUGAAAGACACAGAGAGCGGAGAGACAGAGACAGUCCAGAGAGAGGUCAAAAACGACGCAACAGCGACAGAUCUGAUGAUGAGUACGAUGGGGAUUAUCCCGACCACCACUACAAAAUGGAGCCAGAGGAGGAGAGCAAGACUAUUAUGCUGAGGGGUCUCCCUCUAAACGUUAUAGAGGAUGAUAUCCGCUCAACACUAGAGCAGCUGGAGGGGCCCCAACCUGUGGAAAUUCGCUUGAUGAGGAAAAGAAGAGGUAUAAGCCGAGGUUUCGCCUUCGUGGAGUUUUAUCGCUUGCAAGAUUCUACCCGAUGGAUGGAGACCAAUCAGAACAAGCUGAUGAUCCAGGGGAAAAGCAUUGCGCUGCACUACAGCAACAGGAGACAGAACGUUGAGAACUGGCUUUGCACCGCAUGUGGUGUGUAUAAUUUCCGCAAGAAGCUCAAGUGUUUCAGGUGUGGAGCAGCUAAAGUUGACAGAGAGUCACCAGGACUCAGUGGUUCAAGUGCAGAGCCUCAACAGCAAGGAGAUAACAAUGGAGACACACUAAUUUUGAGAAACAUUCCCCCUCUUUCAACCGUGGAUGGAAUCUUGAACAUGCUGGCCUCCUACGCCAACCUGUCAGCGGGCAACAUCCGCCUCAUCAAAGACAAGCACACAGGACAGAAUCGAGGCUUUGCCUUUGUUCAGCUCUCAUCUCCCUUGGAGGCUUCUCAGCUGCUCGCAGCUCUCCAGCGCCUUCAGCCGCCACUGAAACUGGAUGGGAAAACAAUCGGUGUGGAUUAUGCCAAGAGUGCAAGGAAAGACUCAGCGCAGCCUGAUGGAAUCAGAGCCAAUGCUCUCUCUGUUGCCAGCACAGCCAUAGCUGCAGCUCAGUGGUCGUCCAGCCAGUUACAGCGAACUUCAGUUCCCACCUCUGAUCAAAUUACUCUUCCAGAGGGUUAUACACAACAAACACAGGGACCGAAUUAUCAAGUAUGGCAGCAGCAGCCUGAAGGAUUGGCUCCUGCUGUUGGAGACGGAUUACUCGGAGCUGCUCCAGAAAUGAAGACACUGAUCCCUGUGGCCGCAGGUGUUGUCAUAGCCCAGACAGCUCAGCUUUACCAGUCUGUUGUCGUCAGUCAGCCAGCCAUACAGUCACAACAGGUGGUGAGGCCUGUCGAGGCAGCACAACAGACGGCUGCGAGUGUCUGCGCUGCAUCACUGGUAACACCAGCGGCUACCAGUGUCGCAACUACUGCGUGUGCCGCCCCGACUACUAACACAACAGCUGUUGUUGCCCCUGACACCUCCACAUACCAGUAUGACGAGGCUUCAGGUUACUAUUACGACCCACAGACUGGCCUGUACUAUGACCCCAGCAGCCAAUACUACUAUAACUCUGAGUCUCAGCAGUACCUCUACUGGGACAGUGAGAAGCAGAUGUACAUCCCUGCACUGGCUGAAUCAGACACAAGCACAGAGCAAGUGGCAAAAGAGCCGCGGGAAAAGAAGGAGAAACCCAAAAGCAAGUCAGCACAGCAGAUUGCAAAGGACAUGGAACGUUGGGCAAAAAGCUUCAAUAAGCAGAAAGAAAGUUGUAAGAGCAGUUCCCAAGGCUCAGGACUGUCCAAGGAGGAGGACAGGAGAGAGUCUGCAGCUGCUGACGCAGGUUUUGCUCUCUUUGAGAAAAAGCAUACAGGGGGUUUUGACAUACCAUCAUUCAUGGCUGAACAAUUCAAGGUCACAGAGCAUCAGGAGACUUCAGCUAAGACUGGGCCAGUUGCUGCUUUCAACGAAGACGGUGAUGCAGAGGAGGGCGGCUCUGAUCGCGCUGCCUGUGAAGAUGGAAAAAUAACAGACUGGAGGAAGAUGGUUUGCCUGCUGUGUCGACGGCAGUUCCCCACCAAGGAGGCUCUGCUGCGUCACCAGCAGCUCUCUGACCUCCACAAGCAAAACUUGGAAAUUCAGAGAAGAUCAAAACUCACUGAAGCUGAGCUGGAGGAGCUGGAGAGAAAAGAAACCGAGCUGAAAUACAGAGACAGAGCUGCAGAGAGGAGGGAGAAAUAUGGUGUCCCUGAACCUCCCGCACCAAAGAAAAGAUUCUAUCCACCACCAACCCCGACAGUAAACUACGAACAGCCCACCAAAGACGGCCUAACAAGUGACAAUAUCGGGAGCAAAAUGUUGCAAGCAAUGGGCUGGCAGGAAGGCAAAGGUCUGGGGCGCCACCACCAGGGCAUCACCGCUCCUAUCACGGCUUCAUUAAGGACUAAGGGCACAGGCUUGGGUAUUAAAGGAAGCUCGUAUGAACUCUCAGCAUCUGACACCUACAAAGAUGCUGUUCGCAAGGCCAUGUUCUCACGCUUCACGGAGAUAGAGUGAACUGGAGAGGGACAAGUAAUCAGAACCAUUAUAUCUGUGGCCGAAUGGUCUUACUGUGAAAAGGAACCCCCCCCCCACACACACAGAUUGUGCUGCCUCCUGUACUGUAAUUUCUUUCUUUUCUAAUGUAUAUAUGUAUUUUGUCAUCUGAAGUGUUUUCAGUUGAAUGAAGGUGUUAAUAUUGUACAGUGUUUAUACAUCAAAUUAUGUGCACCUGCUGAGGUUUUGUCUUUGUGAAAAAUUGAAAGAAUAAACGUGACAAUUAAAUCCGACCUUUGUGCUCAACAUUG